GUUGCUUGGCGUAAAGUAGACACGGACAAGUUCCUGACCAUCGGGAAAAUGGCCUGGACUCCCGAUAUGGAAAUCAUUGUCCAGCAUGUGAAGCACAGUGAAGAGCUGGACGACUGGACUCUAGUGCUGCCCAAAGUCAAGUUGUCUGACGCAGGACUCUACGAGUGCCAGCUGACUUCCAUUGGUGGUUAUCAUACACACGUCCAGCUCAACGUUGUGGGUCCUCCAAUUACAAACCCAGAGGUAAUAUUGACAGGCACACAGUUCGUUGAACGAGGUGGUCAGAUACAGCUGCAGUGCAACGCAACAGGCGGGACACAGAUCGCUGAAGAAAUAGACUGGUUUAAGGUAAGGAGACUUGCCUGUCGACGGUGCUCAGU